UUUACCCGAAGAAAUUUACAAGUACUCUUUGAAAUAUUGGAUUAGUCAAAUCCAGAGAGUAUCAUCAAGGAAAAAGGAGGAUGUGGUUAGAGAUCAUCUGCGGUCUGAUAAUAUACAGGUUGUACAGGUGCUUCUUCUCCGACGACGACGACGUUUUGGACGUGGAGACCUCUGAUUCUAAGGCUCUCUUCUCCGUCGGCGAGAGGCUUGUCAAGCUUUAUGGCGGCAAGGUCUAUGCGGGCCUCCGGAUUCCCGAUGCUGAUACCGCUACCCCUCAGAAUAUCGAUUUGGUUCUCGUCUCCAAAGGGGAGGCAGUGGUGAUAGCCGUCAAGAAUUUCUCAGGAUUGAUCUCAGUCAAUCCAGAUGGCAGCUGGGUUUGUGAGGGCUACAGUAAACACAAAACGGAGCACCAUCCUGAUCCUGUGGCGGAGACUAAAAAACAAGCUUCGAUUCUUGAGUCAUAUCUAGAACAAAGAGGAGUUGCUUUACCAGAAGGAUAUUUGUCUUGCAAAGUAAUACUUUCCAAUCCUAAAGUUUGUACCAUUCAGUCAAGCAAUUUUCCAUCAGAAGUUGUAACCUAUGACCAGUGGGUACAGCUGAAACCAGAACCAAAAAGUAUGUUUUCUGGUUGGAUUAAGGGUGCCUUCCGUGGUGGAAAGAAAGAGAUGCAAGAAUCUAUACAUCAGAAGCUUAAUUUCAUCCUUAGUACGGCCCCAAUGUGGGAUAGGUUGGAGCUCAAAGGUAAUAAGUAUGUUCUUGGGGAGUUUCUGGAAUUUAAGGGUAAGCAGGAAGAUGUCGAGGCUUUGAGAAAUAUCAAAAGAUCAAAAAUUAGCCGCCUUGUUGUCCAAAAGACGAGCAUGCUUGGAUUUGCCCCUUCAAGGCUUCAAGUUUUGUACUCUCCUCGUGAUUAUCGUAGCGAAGGAGCUUCAGCUUCUGAGUGGAAGGAAGUAAAUGUAAGGUCGAGUACAGAGGUUCUCUUUCAGCCAGAAAGUUCUGAUAAACUCCGCAAGUUUAAGCUCUCUUCGAUUGUUUCUAUGUCACUGAGUGCUUAAGGAUUAUUCCUGUUGAGAUUAUACAUUGCACCACUGCGGGUUGCGACAUGUAGUCUUAAUUCUGUGUGAAAAAUACCGAACCCACAUGUUCAGGUACUUGCGGGUAUCCUACUCAUUAUUUAUUAAUAUUAAUAUUUGGCGGGGCGGAUGGGUUUAUCUAAAAAGUAGUUGUGUAUGUCUUUCAGUUUUGUAUACGCGGUGAUGUAGAUAUGGAAACUGAAUGACGAACAUAAGAUUACAUGUAAUAUUACUAUAUUACUGUUUUGAAA